CUCCUGAGCCGCCACAUUCAUCAUGGGACCGGGCUGAAGUUUUAUUGCGGCCGCUAGAGGAGGAUGCAAAAACAAAAGCUGAGGAGUGUGGGAUGGACUCAAAGGGCAACUAGCCCCAAUACACAUUCUCAGUGGGGAGAAAAAAAAGUGAGAGAGAGAGGGGGGAAAAAAGAAAAAUGCGAGCCGGGGCAUGAGUCGAGUGCUUCUCUCUGCUCAAUUUUGACACAGUUCAACACAUUUCAUCCACUUGGAAACUCCAGGUUAUCCCUCGACGUUAUGGGCGUACCUACACGUUUUUUCAUCACAAAGGAGUAAGGUGAGGGACGGGGUCACACAGCUCCAUAAAUACUUGGUGUGGCUGAGACUUUGGAUGGACCCUGGAGGCGUAAAUACUGCUGCUGGAGGAAGCUCGCACACAGGAGAGGAGCGGCGAUUUUUCUGCAAGCUGAUACCUCAUUUGUAGAAGGGCAGACUGCUAAAAGCCUCCUUAGUUACCACCGUGAAAGUUGUGGUGCCUCUGGCUAAUAUGGAAAGUCUAUGAUUCCGUGUUGGCACAGCUAUAGCAUAAAUUGUUGCGCUUUUUUCUCUCCCCUCACUGAGUGCGAUGUAGUUCACCUUCACAUCUCAAAGUGAGCUGAUUUGUCAAGAUGACAGCGCUUACACCUUUGAACCGUGCCGUACUUGGACUUGCGUGGAGCUGUUUGAGUUUCCUGUCGUGCGUGCAUUGCGGUUUAAGUGACAAUCAUGUGCACUCCAGUUUUAUUUACAGGAGGUUGCGCAAUCACGAGCGCAGGGAGAUACAGAGAGAGAUCCUCUCCAUCCUGGGCUUGCCUCACCGUCCCAGGCCCUUCUCUCCCGGGAAGCAGGCGUCCUCCGCGCCGCUGUUCAUGCUCGACCUGUACAACGCCAUGGCCGUGGAUGAGGAGGAGGGCGUGCAGGAGAGCGCAGGGAAGAGCUUUAGUGCCAAGGCUCAAGGGCACUCUAGGAAAAGUUACUACAACCCCCAGCAUGCCGGCUACUCCCGUGUGGCACAGCCUUACCGAGCGGCCCCUCUCGUAGGCCACAGCCCCGCACUCACCACAGCGCAAGACACCAACUUUCUCAAUGACGCCGACAUGGUUAUGAGUUUUGUCAAUUUGGUGGAGAAAGAUAAAGAUUUUUCUCACCAACGAAGACACUACAAGGAGUUCCGUUUUGAUCUGACUCAAAUACCAGAAGGGGAGGCGGUGACUGCGGCAGAGUUUAGGAUCUAUAAGGACCGUAGUCAUGCCCGCUACGACAAUAUUACCCUGAAGGUGACCAUAUAUCAAGUCAUCAAAGAGUAUCAAAACAAAGAUGCAGAGACGUUCUUACUUGACUCCAAAAAGGUCCAGGCAUCUGAUGGAGGCUGGCUAGUGUUUGACAUAACAGCUACCAGUAACCACUGGGUGAUGAAUCCACAGCAGAACCUGGGCCUGCAACUCUGUGUGGAAACUGUAGAUGGACGAAGUAUAAACAUAAAAUCUGCCGGAAUCAUCGGGAGGAACGGGCCCCAGUCCAAACAGCCGUUCCUGGUUGCUUUCUUCAAGGCCAGCGGGGUGUUGCUUCGCUCAGUCAGAGCUGCUGGUGGGAAAAAAAAGAACCACAGUCGCAAUAAAUUGAAUAAUCAACAACAAUCCUCAAAGGCACCAAAAACUGGAGAUUAUAACACCAGUGAACAGAAGCAAGCCUGUAAGAAGCAUGAGCUUUAUGUCAGCUUUCGGGACUUGGGUUGGCAGGAUUGGAUCAUUGCACCGGAGGGCUAUGCUGCUUUUUACUGUGAUGGCGAGUGCUCGUUUCCACUCAACGCACACAUGAACGCAACAAAUCAUGCUAUUGUGCAAACGCUGGUCCACUUAAUGUUUCCUGACAAUGUGCCAAAACCAUGCUGCGCCCCAACCAAGCUCAACGCAAUAUCAGUACUUUACUUUGAUGACAGCUCAAAUGUUAUCCUGAAGAAAUAUAGAAAUAUGGUAGUUAGGUCUUGUGGGUGCCAUUAACGGGCGAGGCCAAUUUUAAUUUAUGCAGUCUGGCAUGGGAAUUGCUGGAGGUGUGAUGUCAUGUUCAGUAUUAUGUAUAUAGAGUUUUAUUAAUUUAUUUUCUUUUUUUAAAAAAAAAUAGCACUGAAUAUUUUGAUAUUUAAAUGAUUAGGACAAAAUACUGAUUUUACUUUACAACAGUUAUCAUUUAACUUCUGUGUCCAUUGGCAUAUACUUUGUAUUGGUUAAGACUGUAUAUCUUUUAUGAGAAAACUGUUCACUGGAGUCACUAUGAUCGCUUCCUCUUCUGUUGUUUUCUUUUCUCCUUUUUUUCUAUACAUAGUGUGCUACAAACGCUAUAAACACUGUAUUUCAGUGCUAAUUUCUUAAUGAGUUCAUUCCCAGAACUGAACGGUAAUCGUUCAUGACAGACGCAUACAGAAUAAUGUAACACGAGCACACUUUAUUAACAAGGCGGAUCUCCAUAUUAUGCUAUUAACACUAAUGUCUCAACUUCAACAGGCUCUUGGAAAUAUUUCAAAUUAAAUCGGAUCACGGGAUUAAAAAAACACACUGAGCGUUCUCUAAUAUAAACCAAACUGCCCAAAGCUGUUUUCAAGCUGUCACCGUCUUUCAGCGUUGAUACUGUUUCACCUUUUCCAAGCCAGUUUUUUUGUCUAGUGUUCUCAGAAGGGGAAUAUGUCAGUCUGGAAUGAAACGCUUAUAAUGUUGAGUGUUCGCUUAUUUUUAACAGUGUUUAUCUCUUACAUAAACACUGUUUCUCAUUUCUCUGUGGACUUUGUCAUAGUUACAUCUUUGCUCCGCACAUAUUCGAUCUCAUGUUUGGAAAGUAGUGUAUCUUAAUGUAGAGUGCUGUGUAUUUAAUAAAUGUACCACUUGAAAGCUCUUA